AUGCAGUUGAAGUGGGGUAUUGCAGCUUCCGGAAAGAUUUCCAACGAUUUCGUCCAGGCCUUAAAGGCUCUACCAACGAGCGAUCAUAAGGUCGUAGCUAUAGCCAGUCGUACGCUAGCAAGUUCGGAUAAAUUUGCUAAAACUCAUGGCAUUUCAACAGCUUACGAAGGCUAUGACAAGCUGGCAAAAGAUGAAAACGUCGAUGUUGUCUACGUAGGAGUUCUAAAUCCGCAACAUUAUGAUGUCGUAAAGCUAUUAUUAGAAGGAGGCAAACAUGUACUUUGCGAAAAACCAUUCACAAUGAAUGAAAAACAAACGAGGAAAUUAAUAAGUCUGUCUAAAGAGAAGAAACUAUUUUUGAUGGAAGCAGUAUGGUCGCGAUUUUUCCCCGUCUACAAGGAGUUGAAAAAAGUCAUAGAUGCUGGAGAAAUUGGUGAGGUUAAAGAAGUAUCAGUAGACUUCGGAAUGCCUCUUAAUCAAGUAGAUCGCUUGAACAAAAAAGAAUUAGGUGGCGGAACCAUCUUAGAUUUAGGUAUCUAUACUCUUCAGUUUCAACAGUACAUUUUCCGUGGACUUACGCCUAUCAAAGUGGUGGCGAACGGUCAGUUGAACGAAGAUGGCGUCGACAAAUUCGCUGCCGCCAUUAUAACCUACGAACAAGACAAAAUGGCGGUUGUUUCUUGUUCCGCUGUAGUUCAAAAUUCUUGCGAAGCUAGAGUUUACGGUACUAAAGGUUCAAUUAAAAUACCUUUUUUCUGGUGCCCUACCAGCAUGGUAAUCAAUGGAAAGACUCGCGAAUUUCCGUUGAUCGAAAACGAUCGAACUUUCAAUUAUUCAAACAGUGCCGGACUGGCCUAUCAAGCAGAAGAGGUAAGAAAAUGCAUCAUGGCUGGGAAAAUUGAAAGCCCUCAGAUGACGCAUGACGAAACAAUCCAAUUAGCGCAAUUGAUGGAUAAGAUGAGAAAAGAAUUGGGAGUUGUUUAUUCAGCUGAUAGUCAAACAUAUUAA